AUGGCAUGCCAUCAGUGCCGGACAGGAAGGAUUAAAUGCGACGGCGUCAAACCGCAGUGUGCCACAUGCGCUCGACUUGACCGAAACUGCGAAUACAGUCGAAUCGAUGGCCGCAAGUCACGACACACGGAAUCCGAAUUCAGUGCCUUGAACAACAGAAUCGCCUUUUUGGAAUCUCAGCUCAGAAAAGCGCAAGCUAGUGCGUCACUCGGACUUGAUCUAAUGACUGAUUCAACUUGGGAUGCACAUUAUGGCGUUGCUGUCCAAUCUGAUUUCGAGGAGCAUGAAGAAAUGAAGCUCGAACGGCCUCUUGAGUCUCUGAAAUUCAGUGUCUUAGGUCUGGAGUUUGACGACGAGAAGCUGACAACUUCAGCUCUUGGGGCUAUGUGCUCUGUGAAUGGUGCAUUGAUACACGACGAAGUCGCCGGAAAGACGGUCUAUGUUGGACCAACUAGCAACUUCCAUUUGUUGCCCGCAUCCGGGACAAUGCGACCUUCGAUAGCCGAAAAGGUCGCUCAUUACCGCCGCACAGAAUGGCUACCAACAGAAAUUGAGUACCUUAGGAGUUACUGGGAUCACGUUCACUCCCAUUUUCCGCUGUUCUCUUCACCCGCCGAGCUCCAACAGACCGCAGCAACCAACCUUUUACUCAAAAUAAGUGUGCUAGGCGUUGGGGCUUUUUUCUGUCACUCAGACAGCGAUCCUGAGCGACAGCACCAAGUCAACCUCGCAUUCUCGAGUCGUUUCACCGAACUGAGUGGGGGUGAGAUCGAGCAUGUUUGCAUACCCAACAUUAAGUCGUUUCUACUCCGGUCGUACUUGGCUAUCUUGCAAGGAAAGCUUGAGUCAGCAGCUGUUUUCCUAGGUAUGUUGUCAUGUGAAACUCUGCAUUCCCUCACGUCCACGCUUAAUGGAAAUGUCUAG